AUGAGCAUGUCUGUACAACAAUUUCUGAUUGAGGCAAAAAGACCUGUAUUUCCAGUACAGAAUGCAAGAACAGAUAUCAUACUCUUGGCAAAAAAAGGAGAUGAAUAUGUCAGAAUAGUGGGUUCAAAAAUUGCUGAUUGGUCUGCUUCUGAAGCUGAUGCAUCAUGGGAAGGUGAACAUGACACCAAAAUCAUGAAAGAAUCUGUAGAAGCCAAAAGACAAGAAAUCGUCAAAUCAGAAAAGUUCUUAUCAGAUGUAAAGAAUUAUAAACACCAUUCUGGGUCAUUCUAUACAAGUCAUCUGUUAAAUAAAUCAAUUGAGCAAGCUCACUCAUCAAUGAUAACAACCAAAAAUACUCUAAACUUUAGCACAACAAUGGUAACAAGGGAUAAAGAUUAA